GUUUUGCUGCUGUUCGGCCCUGCACCGGUGCUGUGUGAAAAGACAACAUCCCGUCUGCUGGCACGGGGCCCUGCCGUCUCACCUGGCUGCCUGUGUGCGCCUGGGAACCGCCGCCACCGAACGGCCCCCAGCCUGCGGCGUGGGGAGGGGGUGCUGUCCCACCGCCCCAUCGCCCAGCCACGCCGGUGGGAUGAAUGGGCGAUGGUCUCCUUGCCGCAGCACGGGGAUGCCGGGAGCUGCCUCGUGCAGAAGGGACGGAGCAGCGGCCAUGGAUGGGAGCCCCAGCUCUUUUAUCAGGGUGGGCCCUGCGGACGGGUGCCAGCAGCAAUAACCGCGGCUGUUUGCCUCGAGCACACACGCGUCCCCCGUAAAGAGCGUUUAUGGCAGCAUCUGGGAGAUGGGGAAGCCCGGCAAAGGUGGCCCAGGGAGGUUUGGAGCCGGCGCUGAGCAGAGGGAUGGGCAGCGCCAGCCCCGGGCUGACCACUCUGCCCCCCAACCGUCUCCCCCGGCCGGACGCUGCCUUGCUGCCCCCCCCACGGGACCCCGACACCCGGAGCUGGGGCUGCCCGGAUAGCCCAAGCCCCCCCACCACCCCCGAGCAACCCCUGCCUGCUUUCUGCCUGCACUACUUCGACAUGCUCUACUCGGAGGACAUCGCCUGGACCACCAAGGGCGUGGGGGAACCGUCCCAAAGCGGUGCCCAGGGGGGGCGAGGGGAGGCGCAGAAGGAGCCGGAGCAAUGUCCCAUCAUCGACAGCCAGGGCUUGGGGCUGGGGGCUGAGGGGGACCUGCAGGCCAGCCUGCACCUGGAGGAGCACUCGCUGGAGCAGGUACAGAGCAUGGUGGUGGGCGAGGUGCUGAAGGACAUCGAGACAGCCUGCAAGCUCCUCAACAUCGCCGCAGACCCCGCGGACUGGAGCCCCGGCAAUGUGCAGAAGUGGAUCCUGUGGACGGAGCACCAGUACCGGCUGCCACAGAUCGGGAAGUCCUUCCAGGAGCUGUCGGGAAAGGACUUGUGUGCCAUGUCCGAGGAGCAAUUCUGCCAGCGCUCGCCUGCCUGCGGCGACAUCCUGCAUGCCCACCUCGACAUCUGGAAGUCUGCCGCUUGGAUGAAGGAAAAAGCCGCCCCGGGAGAUGUGAGAUACUGCGGAGGUGAUGCCAGCUGGGCGGACAGUGAGGUGGACUCAUCCUGCGCCAGCCAGCCCAUCCACCUCUGGCAGUUCCUCAAAGAGCUGCUGCUGAAACCCCACAACUACGGGCGCUUCAUCCGCUGGCUCAACAAAGAGAAAGGCAUCUUCAAGAUCGAGGACUCAGCGCAAGUGGCCCGUCUGUGGGGCAUCCGGAAGAACCGCCCGGCCAUGAACUACGACAAGCUGAGCCGCUCCAUCCGGCAGUAUUACAAGAAAGGCAUCAUCCGGAAACCCGACAUCUCCCAGCGCCUCGUCUACCAGUUCGUCCACCCGGUCUGAGCGGCGGCGGGACAGGCUGAGCCCCGGGAGGGACAGGGGACCUUCGCCGCCUCCCGCUGCCUCCCAGCCACAGAAACCAUCUUCCAGCGCUGAGGACCGUGGCUGGGGUGCCGAGAGGCUCACCCCCCCCAGACCUGCUGGCAACAGACCGUGGGACCCCCCCCUCACCCCCCCGCCUCGGGGAGGAGGGAUGAACCCCCAGCUAAGGGACCACCACCAACGUGUCCUGGCGCGGGGCAAGGACCGUGCAGAGCCCUCGUCUCCCGCGAGCGCUCCCAGGGAUGGGUGGGCACGGAAUUUGGGGCUGGUGGAGGAGACGUGGGCUUGACUGGGGUGAGGUAAAGGCAGAUGAAUUUGUGGCUGUCAUGGGGCUCCCUACUACCCUGGUGCCCUUUGGCAGGGACUGAAGGUGGAGGAGAUGGGGACGUGGGAGUCCUGCCCCCAGGUCUCUUGUCCCCCGGCACGUCGUCCUCUCACUUCGCAGCCCCACGGCAUCGUCAGGACACGGGGGCCAAGGGCACGUCCCAGCAGGAGACUGCGAUAUCCCCAUGGCGUCCUGCCCCAGGGCUGAUCUGGGGCCGCACCACACCAUCGGGGCCACACUCCCCUCCAGCCAGACCCUGUCCCCGUGCCACCACCAGCCCGGCUGUGGGACCGGCUGCCCUCGGUGCCCAUCAGGAGCGAGCCUGUGCGCUGCGGUGGGGCUGCUCUGGAUUCACCCCAACAAGCAGCUCCUGGCCCUCCGCCCUGUCCGGGGUGGGGGGCAGCGUGGCGGGGGGCUCUGCCCUGUGCUGCACCUCAACCCUCAGCUGCAAAGAAAGGGGUGCCUGAGUUCAUGGGGGGACGGUGGCCAGGCUCGGCUCUAGCCCUCCCUCCCGCGUGCUGGCUGCGGGUAGCUUCACCCCAGCCAUUGUUUGGGGAGGACAAAGCCCGAGCAUGAGCCAGGACAAUGGCACCCGCAAGGACAAUGGCACCCGCAAGGACAAUGGCACCCGCAGCUGCCCUUGGCUGGGCCCGCGCUGACCCGACCCGCGCAGGAGCAGCCUGGCACCAGCAGCACCCAGGGAUGCUGCCUGCCGUGGGAGCUGGGUGCUGGGUAACUGUGCCCCUGGGGACCACGGGCAUCCCCUCGGGACGGGUGCAUCCCCUCUUUGCUUCCCGCUCUGGGACACGCUCGGCUUCUCCCCUCUGCAGGGAUUUGGGGCUGAAAAUGGGUGUUUUGCAAAAGGAGCAGCUGUAAAAUGCAGGCACGGGGCCGCGCACACCCAGGCGUCCCCUGAGCUGGGUCCCUCAUCCUUGGGCACGGGGACACCCAGAGCCCCCCUGAAGCCCCCAGGUCCUUGACCCUGGUGCAGGGUUCUUCCCUUGGUUUGGAUUUUAUUUGGACUGCCUGAUUCCUGAGUUUGGGAAAAGGGAGAGGGCAGCUUUGCUGUUUCCCUCUGGGCAGUAAAUCUGGAAGGCAACCCGCCGAGCCCGGACUGGGACGGAAAACUGGGGAUUGUUUCAAGUGCACAUUUCACGAGAGUCUAAGUUACCUGGCAAGGUUGAUCUUUUAUAUUAUAAUUUUUUUAUUUGUUUAUUUGCUUUUUGGUUUUGGCUGGCAGCAAGUUGUGGUUCAGGUUCAAAUGACGAGGGUAGACGGGUGGCCCGGGUACCCACAAGAUGCUUUGUGGGAGUUUAAAAGAAAAGAACACCUGGUUGUUGGUCUUUUGUUUUUAACUUAAAAUAGCUACCUGUGACGGCUCCUGCCUUUUUCUUUUUGUUCUGCCUGUUUCGUACUGUUUAUGCGGCAGAGGAGCAGACACGCUUCGGCCAGCCUUGCAAGCAUCCCGGCUGGAGGGAUGGAGGGUGGCUGGAGGGAGGAGAGGAACAGGAGGAUGAAAAACUGCCUUGGCCUCUGGAAAAGGGGGGAAAAAAAAGCAAAAAAAAAAAAAAAAAAAAAA